GUUUUCUCGACGCUGGUCCAGGUCGAGCAUCACCUGCAUAGUAUAACUCCGUGGCGACCCCGUCGUAUAUUCUCAUUAUAUCCUUCAAUUGCAUGCGAUUACCCCGGCCCAAGAUCCCCAUUGCCCACAAUGGCCUUCCUUUUCAACCGCAGUGCCCGACCGAGAUCUCCAUCGGAAGUCGCCAGGACCGCGAAAGAUCUCCUGUCGAGGUUGUGGGACAGCCCGAGCUCUCCCAAGUUAGAGGAUGAUAUUGCCAAACAGCUUUCUCAGAUGAAAUUGAUCACCCAAGGAACCCCAGAGAUGGACAGUACCCCGGCCUUAGUGCGUUCGCUUUUCGAUUCAGUAAUUCGAGAGGACCUGCUCUUUGAGCUGGCGCACAGCAUCCAUAAGCUGUCGUUUGAGGCCCGCAAAGACACGCAGACCAUUGUCACGCAUAUCCUGCGCUACAAGCCAAACGACAAUCCCGGAGACCCUCCUGCGAUCAAUUAUAUAGUCCAUCAGCGCCCAGAGGUGAUUAUCGAACUCUGCAGGGGUUUCGAUGAUCCUCAGAGUGCCUUGUCAUGUGCUUCUAUCUUGAAGGAGGCUGUCAAAUUCGACGUGAUAGCAGCCCUUAUUUUGUAUGAUCAAUCAGCCGAGCACGAGGCUGCCGUUCGUUUGAAAGACAUCAACGCGGAACAACCUCAGUCGGGCGAUGGUAUUUUUUGGAGAUUCUUUGAGUGGAUCGACCGAGGCAGCUUUGAAGUGAGCGCUGAUGCCUUUACGAUUUUCAGAGAUCUUCUGACGCGCCACAAGACGCUCGUGGCUACCUAUUUAACGACCAAUUAUAACCUAUUCUUCGGGCGGUACCAUAACAUUCUCAUUCAAUCGGACUCUUAUGUAACGAAACGUCAAAGUAUCAAAUUAUUGGGAGAAAUUCUGCUCGAUCGAACUAAUUAUAACGUUAUGACGGCGUAUGUGGACAGUGGCGAACAUUUGAAAGCCUGUAUGACCCUGCUGCGGGACGACCGGAAAAUGGUACAGUAUGAAGGAUUCCACGUUUUCAAGGUGUUCGUUGCAAAUCCGAACAAGUCAGUCGCGGUGCAGAGGAUCCUCAUCAACAACAGGGAACGGCUCCUCAAAUUUCUACCCAAAUUUCUGGAAGACCGCACUGAUGAUGACCAAUUCACUGAUGAAAAAGCUUUCCUCGUUCGGCAAAUCGAGCUACUUCCUAAUGAACAUGCAACCACAUCACGAUCCAAUGUUAAUGCUGCUGCGGUGUAAGCGCCGAUGCUCUCUAUUUUUACAUGCUUCAUUUUUGAUACCCACUGUUUAGUGUGUGUCUCAUGUCAUCGGGUCUUGGGGACUCGUUUUACGAUAUUAUGAUUGAAUAUAGAUGACCUGUUGUUUGCGAGGGAUGGCGCGUUGAGUUUGUAUGGUUAUGCGCUGAAAAUCCAUUGGCUAUCGGCGUUUGGCGCAGGUUUCUCUAGUCUUGUCACUUCCAUGAUUCUAUCCCAGUCCAUAAUUCUUUCUCCGAGCAGGGUAUACUAUACUAUCGCAAUGCGUCGGAAGCACAUGUAUCUACCAAUGGACGAUGCCAUUACACUCAAACUUUUGCAUAUACUACACCAGGAUUCCAAUAUAUCGAUACACAU